AAGGGGAUGACGUAGGGCGGACGCAGUGCCCGCAGAUUGUAGAGUUUGAGAGACUGUUCCGUCAGCGGAGUACGGGGAAUGGAGGAUGAGGUGUCUGAGUUCCUGAGGCAGAACCGGGAGACGGCGACAUGGCUGGAGAGCAUACGGGGGGAGUGCGAGUCGGACAAGCUGUGGCGGCACCGGAGAGAGUUCAUUGUGCGGAACAUGGCAGACUUUUGUGGGCCCGGGCAGCCGCCACCGCCGCCCCACUCCAACCACCAGGGACUGGACCGGCUACUUGCCUACUCCAUGGUGUGGGCCAACCAUGUGUUCAUCGGCUGCCGCUAUCCACCUCUUGUUAUGGAAAAAGCUCUAAAUAUGGCAGAAAAUAUAAAGGUCAUUGAUGCGCCGGUCCAUGCAACACGUGAUGAACUGGUUUCCAAGAAGGGCUGAAGGAGGAGCCUU